CUCAACUUGGUCAAACUGGUGACGUCAACAGGUGUGAUUCAAGGUGUUUCCCGUAAAGAAAGGUGAAGGCCGGUGGUAGACGUAAUGUAAACAGGUUUGGAUUGAAAUGGGGUUUCCAAUGUAGGCAUAAAACUUUAUAUUUUACUUAUAUUGACACUGACCAAAGGAGAUACAGGUGAAGAGGUUAUCACCAAAGGAAACUAAGAGCCAAAAUCAUGUCGGCAAAUGGGCCCGAGGGUGGAUCCCAGGGCGUGGCCACUAUCGACCACCAAGAGGUCCACGUAAAUUUGGAUAAGAAAGCUAAUACUGGGGGCGGACAACAAGUUGUCACCAGCCAACCGACCGUGACGUAUAACAACAACCCGGAUGGGGGUCCUCCCGUUGUAUUCCAGGGACCACCAGACGACAAAGACAAGCCGAAAGAUUUUGUCAUGACGUCUUGUGCCGUUCUACUUUUCUGUAACUUCAUCUUCGGUUUCCUUGGCUACCAUUUUGGAGUGAAAGCUAACCAUGCCUGGCAGCUUGGUGACGAAAUGACGUCACGCCACCAUGCCAAGAAGGCUCUCAUCUUUGUUAUUUGUGGCGUAGUGUGUGGUGUAUGUACGUACGUGCUAGCCAUCACACUCUACCUCACACUUAACAAGAGCAACUUUGUCUGAGCAGCAGUCCGGUGUCAUAAAUUCGGAACAUUUCACAUCAUCUCGCCAACACAAAAAGGUUUUAGUCUUGUUGCAACGUCGCACUUUACUUCGCAUUAAUCCCUGACCAAAUCACGUGAGUCUUCGAUAUAGUCUGGUAUAACAGGUUGAUGACGUCAAACUUGACAUCACCUGGAAUAAGUUAGAACAACGUUCUAAUUAUCGUAAUUGUGUAAUUAUCGUGAGUGAGAUAGACAUUGUACUUUUAAAUUGGUGUUUAACGCUGCACUCAUCUUUAUCAUUUUAUCCUUUUCUAAACUCUAUUAGUGGGCUUGUGACGUCAUUUGUCAUCUUAUCUUUCGUGACUUUGUGAUGUCAUAUCAUACGUCACUCAGAUCAACUCUGCAGAACUAGAUCAUUGAUUACGUCACUCAGUAUUGAAUACUUGGGAUCCCGUUCGAAAUCUACAGAAUUUAUUUACAUAUUUCACCGUAUGUAGCCUACCUCAGUGCCAGAUCACGGAAGUUUGCAGAUUUGCUGAUAGCCAUCUGUUUUUAGUUGUUUUCGGUAGGCGCCUUCUGUUGUGUUUUUCAAUACUAAAAUAAUCGAAUGCCAUGUACUUAAUGAAUGAUGUCGUCCUCUAUAGAGUUAUACACAUAAUCAUAUUACAAGAACGGGUGUCAUAACUGAAUGUCGGAAAUCAGAUAAGGACAGAGGAGAUGUAUUUGGUUAUUUGAUAAAAGACAGAUUUUCACGAGUUUUAUCACUGACAGCAUCUUGAAGUUUUUCAAAUAAACUUAGUGUAAUAACACCAAUAACAAAAACUGUAAUGAAAACAAGCACUGUGAUUGGUCGUUACUUGAUCCAAUGGAGACUUUACAACUUCAAGUCGCUGUGACGUCAUUAAAGAAAAAUAAGAAUGUAGUCUAAAUAGUCCCUUCUUGUUUCUAAUCCGCCUGUGUAAACGCAGUUUCACAUAUAUUUAUGUACAACAGCUUGGCUACAGGAUAAGCAGAUCGUACAUUUUUUAAAUGAAAGCUUUUUUUUAAUUUUUUUUUAUGUUGCCCAUCAGAGGCUCUCUGAUGUUAAAUUGUUUCAUAUGUCUCAUACAAUGAGAUCAUCUUUGUAUGUAUGGAUAUUGCAGGGCCGUCCUAGUCGUAACCCCAUACCUCUGUCAUUGAUAGUCAGCCAAGUACCGUGUGCAGAGGCCAAGUUAACCUAUCGUUUAUUAGUGUAAAAUCUGAUAUACUUCAGAUGUCAUAACAAUAGCAGAUGUGAACAGCACGUUUAUAUAUACAAUGUAAAUCACAAAUUAUAUAGUUUACAUCACUUAAUAAAGAGAGCUAGUAAGCUGCAUCAUGAAGCUGUUUCGUCAUUGAAGGACUCUUCUCAGUUGCUAAAAAAAUGUUGAUUGAUGUGAGGUAUUUUAAAACAUUAAACGUAGCACAUACGCCUAAUUAUACGACAUUUGAUGACAAGUUGACCUGGCAUACACUUACACAGAUGACUCGCGGACUAGUCAAGUCUCUAUCCAUUUCUUUGACGGCAUGGCUCAUUAUUGAAAUGUUUGGAUUCUUCCAGCCAGUGUUUAGAAGGAUUCAUGCACUGACUAGUUUAUGUGACCAGUAGUGCUUAGUUACAAUUGUACAUGUUCUUAACACAAUUGGAUUCGUCUUCUAUAUUGAUUCUGAUGUUGUAUAUACUGUGGUUUAUGGGGAACAGUCAUACGGUUUCUAUAUAUCAUAUCAUGACCUGACAAGCUAUGUUGAUUUGUUCCAUAAAGAUAGCGUGCAUUAUACAUAUUAAGCGUUUUUAGAGAAUGUACAUUUGUGAACUAUUUAUAGCUGACAUGAACAAAUGUCUAAAGCUCGUCGGCAGUACCGACCAAGUCUCUGAGACGGACUUCGCUGGGUGGUUAUUGUUUUUGGUAUUUACUUUUAAAGGUAACACUAUUUUAUUGUGUUUCAAGACUAAUAAAACCCUAGUUAUGGUUGCUACUUGCUAGCAGCAUUUUUCGGAAAUGUGAUCCGCUGAUAUUGUUUACGUGAGUAACGACUGUAUGUAUGUACCCAUUUGAAAGUAAACUGUACUGGUACAUUGUUUAUAAUAACAGUGAUAACGAUUGACAUAUUUAUGUAUUGUAUGAAGAGUGUUUGUAUGUAGAAACUUACCUGACAUGUAUGCCUUAACUGAGCAGUGAUCAAAUGUCGUUAUUGUGCUGUAUCGCCUUUACACUAGUUCUGUCUACGAAUGAAGUUUCAAAUUGUCAAAAAUGAUAUUUUAUUAUGUUUCUUUUUAAAAGUAACAUAUGUAAGUGACACUAUGAUAAUUAUCGCAUUGAUGUUUCCCAUGAAAUUUAAAAAAAUCAACAUUUCAUUUUGAUGUACAUAAUGGUUAUUGUAUAGUUGAAGUUACGUGAAGGAUAUUUACCAUUUUUUUGAGGCGAUAUUCUUUUGUCAAAUCAUACAGAACUGUUCAAAAAUCUUGACAAAAUGAACCAAUAAUAUUUACGUUAAAAGCAAUAAAAAUAACUAAGAGACGAAUGCUUAAAUUAAAAUAGUAAACUAGGUACAUACAAACAUAUGUUAAGGAUUCUUUUUUUUUCUAAAAAACGGACAUCAUUAUGAUCAAAUGUUCCAGAAAUCAUAUUUAACAUUAAUGAUACUUAGUUUGAAAAUGUCAGAGCUGAAUAUAUUCCUUAUUGUUCAUCAUAUGAUGUGAUGCCAGUAUGCAUGGUAUACUAACUUUAGUGCUAUUGUUUUCUAUAGGGAAGAUGACUUUUUGUCUACGCUGAGAUUAUAUGUAUUUGAAUAUUUUGGUGUGAAGUUACGACAUACUUCACAUUGGACAUUAUAAUUGUACAACGAUGACAUUAUGAUAGUCUCGUGUUAACUGGUAUGACGAUAUUGUUAUAUUUACUUGUUAACUUGUAUGACGAUAUUGUUAUAUUUACUUGUUAACUUGUAUGACGAUAUUGUUAUAUUUACUUGUUAACUUGUAUGACGAUAUUGUUAUAU